GGGGCUUAAAGCGAGCGAACAACUGAAAAGGCAAUUUUCCUAUUGGCAGUGACAGAAGCAGCUUCGUUUGGAUUGGAUUACUCAGCGAUGGCUGAUGGAAGAAGCGUCAAUUAUCUCGACAUUCCAGAUCCCUGCGUAGAGAGAGCAAUUUGAUAAGAAAUUGAUGACGAAAAGAUUUAAGAUUGUAGUACUUUUAGGAAUAUUUCUUUCUGCAAUUUCUUCAUCUGCUACUCAUGAGGUAUCUGUAUCCUGUAUGAUGGUUUACGAUGAAGGUGGCGCUUCGGCUGUUUUAGAGUCUCCAGAGUGUCCGCAAUGGCACGUCUCCACUCAAUCUCAAAAUCAAACUGGGAAUUGCCAGUUUGCCACACUUCAAGGGCAUAGGGAGUAUCAAGAGGAUCGCAUUACUUGCAAUCUUGAAAUGAACAUUCCCUUUCUUGGCAAAGAUGGGCCCAAGGAAGUUUUUGUUGGUGUAGCCGCAGUAUUUGAUGGUCAUGGUGGCAAGGAGGCAAGUGAGAUGGCUUCAGAGAACUUCUUGGGUUACUUUUUCUUGCAUGUUGUAUUCAACACAUACAAACAAGCAUUGUCUUUCAAAGCAGAACAUGAUUUAGUUGUUCAAGGGCCUAACAGAUACAAAGCAGGGAAUGGUAGUUUAAAUCUUGUAAGUUCUGAUGAAGGUCUACCUGUAUCUGGUGAUGAAUCAAUGCAUGAAAUUCUGCAGAAGGCUUUGUUGAGGACAAUUCAUGAUAUCGAUACAAAAUUUUCACUGGAAGCUUUCAAUAACAGAUAUAUAUCUGGAUCCACUGCCACCAUCGUUCUCUUGGUGGAUGGUCAAAUUUUAGUUGCUAGUGUUGGUGAUUCAAAAGCACUCCUGUGCUCGGAGAAAAUCAAGUCUGCUUUGGGGGAUGAAGGUGCUUCAAUAACAGUGCUUGAUGUGGAAGAACUGACAAGAGAUCAUCAUCCAGAUAGAGAUGAUGAGAGAGCCCGAAUAGAAGCUGCUGGUGGGUUUGUACGUUUGUGGGGUGUGCCUCGUGUCAAUGGUAUCUUAGCUGUAUCCCGAUCUAUUGGUGAUGUGUACUUAAAAAGAUAUGGUGUUAGUCCGGUGCCUGAAGUGAUAGGUUGGCGGCAUUUAACUGCCAAUGAUUGCUAUUUGGUUGUUGCAUCUGAUGGCAUCUUCGAGAGUUUGAAACCACAGAAAGUUUGUGAUCUUUUAUGGGAUGCAAAUGUCCAAGUAAAUGAUACGUCCAAAAGCUCAUGUUCAUGUUCAUCCUCUUCCUCCUUGGCUGACCGCAUUGUCAACAAAGCGUUCAAGAAAGGCAGUAGGGACAACUUGUCAGCUGUUGUAAUUCCACUGAAUUUUACUGGUUUUCCCCAAGAACCCGCUGGACAGAAUUUGUGAUUUUGGAAAAUCAGCCAUUUUAGCCUUUCAAAAGGCAUCUGCAAUCAGAUCGAUAUUCUUCAAGUUUCUACUUUGACAAACAGAGCAUGUUUUUCAUUUGCUCUGAAACUCAUUUGAGAUAGGAUUGAUAACUUUUGAAAGUUAGAGUUUUAGAGUUUUCAUGUACUAUUGAGGUUUUGGAGUGUUUUUUUUUAUAUUUUUUAUAAUUGCUACAUUGUGGGUAGAAUACUACCAUGCCAUGUCUGGGACCUAGGAUUUGUUCAAGGGAAAGGAAAAGAAUUUUUUUUGUCAAUCCAUUUGAGUGUAGAAUAGUGAUGAUGUACCCGUGAAUGUCCAGUUUAACAUACUUCGCAUAA